GUUUGGUCGAGCAAUAACGUGAGACAUCAGCAACAGCCCAAGUCUGGGACUAACCUCUCUGCUGAAUACGAAAAGAAUGUCAAAAGAACUGCCCGGCGAAGAAUAUAAUGGACAAAGCCGACUGACGGGAUGCGCAUAGAAGCAGGAGUGAGGAGUGAAUGCGGAAUACGACAUCUGGAACAUAGGGUAGCCCUCGUCUCUUCCCCCCUAUAUCCAGCUUAAUCCUCCCUGGAAUAUAUCACUAAUUCAAGCAACUUAAAGGACAACCGACGUCUCCACAAAGGUUUCAGAGAGGAUUUGUAUUUAUGCUUUUCGUGUCUCUGUGGAGGAGUAGUCUACUGUUGAAAAAGAUCCUCUCCCUGUGAUUCUUCUGAGGGUAGACAGAGGAAGAGAGAGAGGGAGAGACACAGACUGAAGUCUAUCUUUCUCUCUCUCUCUCUUUCUUUCUCUCCUUCCUCCUCUUUGCUCUGUAAAGAGCCAUCAAAAGUGAGAGAGCCGGAGCAAGAGAGAUCCUUAGAAGGGAUUACUGGACACUGAAACACGCCAGACCUUUCUCUCUCUUUCUCUCUCUCUCUCUCUCUCACUCUCUCCCUCUGGCCCCACUUCCUUAGCCAUGACGUCAACCUCCUCGCCACUGCACUCCCCCUCCCCAUGCCCGCCACCCCCUCCGUCCCUCCCCUCCUCCCCCACCCCCUCGUCCCCAGCCCCCUCCAGCCUCCCACUGCCCCCCUCCCUGCCCCCCACAGGCGAGGUGAUGGUGCUGGCCCUGGGCCGCAAGAAGCAGCGGCUGCUCAUCUUCCUGUCCAUCCUGCCCAACCUCUUCCUGGCCUUCCUGCUGUCCUCCGACCCGCUGCUCACGCUGGCGUCCCCGCACCACUGCCGCCUCCCGGGGCCCACCCCAUCGCCCCAGGUGCUCAACGCCUCUCUGCCCUGGGAGAAGGGCGACAGGCCGGGCGAGACCGGAGGGCUGUCCCAGUGCAAGCAGUACCAGUUCGUCAAUGGCACCCAGACUGGCGUGGUGGACUGUGAGGCCGGCUGGGACUACAACGUCACCGAGGGCCUGAGGAACAACAUUGUCACCGAGUGGGACCUGGUGUGCGGUCAGUACUGGCUCGUCCCCCUGGAGGAAGUCUGCUUCAUUCUUGGAGCGCUGACCGGCUUCCUGGGCCUCGGAUUCGCUGCGGACCGCCUGGGUCGCGUGAAGGCGCUCCUGGCUUCCUUGACCCUCUCGGUGGUAUUUGGCGUGCUGGUGUGUGUCUCGCCCUCCCCCCCCACCUUCAUCGCCACGCGCUUCUGCCUCGCCAGUGCCAGCGCCGGAGUCUACCUCACACUCUACGUCAUACGUCUGGAACUCUGUGACCCUUCACUGCGACUCCUGGUCACCGUGGUAGCAGGCCUGACGACCGUCGCCGGGGAGCUGCUCCUGCUCGGCGUGGCCCUGGGGUGCCAGUCAUGGCGGGGUCUGCUGGGCACGGGAGCAGCACCUCUGACCUUGUUCCUCUGUUAUGGUAUUCCCAGGGUGUUCCCGGAGUCGCCACGCUGGCUGCUGCUGUCCGAGAGGUCUGGAGACAUGAACUCCUUCAGCGAGAGGAGAGAGAGAGACCGGGACCGGGAUGAUGAGAGCUUCACAGAGCUGGAGUCGGAGCCGCCCUCGUCCACGCGCCCCCACUUGUCCUUCCACGAGCUUCUGCACAGCAGGAACAUCUGGAAAAACAUCUGCGUGCUGGGCUUCACCUCCUUUAUCUCCCAUGGAAUUAGCCACUGCUACAGUUCCUUCCGUGGCGACGUCAGAGGCACCACCCCCAGUUUCUACUGGACCUACCUGCUCUCCGUGUGCGCAGGGGGCGGGGCUUGGCUGUUGCUAUGGGCUACAGUCAACAGGUGUGGCCGGCGUGGAAUUUUGCUCCUGGCCAUGACGCUGACUGGGCUGGCCUCUCUCAUCUUACUGGGGCUGAUGGAGUAUCUGUCCGAGUCGGCCAUCACCGUGUUCUCUGUGAUGGGGCUGUUUUCCUCUCAGGCGGCAGCUCACCUCUGCAUCUUCUUCACGGCUGAGAUCAUGCCCACCGUCAUCAGGGGCGUGGGCGUCGGCGCAGUGCUGGCCCUCGGCUGCGUGGGCCGCCUCAGCUCGCCGCUCAUGGACCUGCGCAAUCACUACGGCUACUUCCUGCACCACGUGGUCUACUCGUCUCUGGCGCUGCUGGCCGUGCUGUCCAUCCUGCUGCUGCCCGAGAGCAAGAGGAAGCCGCUGCCCCAGACGCUGGCUGACGGCGAGCAGUACCGGCGCCCCCCUCUGGGCAGGAGGAGAAGAGACAACGUGCCCUUACUGGCCACCCCGAACCCAGAGACCUAGAUGACCGCCACUACCCCCCCACCCCACCAUCCCUCCAUUCCUGCUCCACAUGGUGCACUCUCACUCACUCACUCACCCAUCCACUCACCCACCCACGCGGCCUCCUCCACCAAUCACAGAGAGUCGUCCACCCACCUCCGUGCUUCUGUGAGAUGUGGGAUGUGGCCGGGCUCUUGAGACGGGUCAGAGGUCGCCUGAGGGUCAGAGGGUUAGGCAGAGAAGCAGAGCAUGUGUCCACCACACACUGUCCAUAAGCACCCCUAACAUCACAAUGGUCAUUUCUGACGGACCAGGAGGAGGAUUGUGGAAGUUCUUAACUGACGCCGGCUUGGCUCGACCAGGACACUACAGGAGGGUUGUCAGAGCUGUGCGGAGAGUGGCCAACACUCAGUGAUGCACGGUGUGUUUCUCACUCCACGGAUAACGGCGCACAGAGCACUCACUCUGGAAGCCAUCGGUCGUGGGGAACCCAUGCAAUAGCCCCUUUGUCAGGGUUCUCAGAUGUCCUUCUGAUGGGUAACCAUGGCAUGUCCACACAGACGACCACAGCUCCAGACUAUCCUCCACACACGCAAGGGCUGACCAAACAUCACAGCUAUUUUGUAAAUAGUAUUAUCUUAACCUAUUUUCAGACCUCUUUCAAAACUUUAGUUGUUCUCACUUUUGACUGUAGGAGGAGCCCUUUUCUCGCCACCUGAGAAACUGACUUAAUAGUAGAAAUAUCUGAAGCAGAAAUCUUGAGUUAGGACACCAAAUGUCAUCCAAUGCUGAGGUCAAGUCAUGGAAAGUUCAACACAAGUGAGUUGCCAAGAGUUGACAUCAGCAAUUAUGAUAUGGCUCUGGGUGGAAUUGAAUGUGUUUUAAAAUUCAAAGCACGCAAAUGUAACUCACAUGUAUAAUGUGAGAAAUAAUUUAAAUAUUAAAAGAUUUAGGUGACUGUAUAAAUAAGAGUCUGAAUAUGCAGAAGACCUUUACAGGACUUGACCCUAACCCUAACCCUAAAGGGAAAAAUAAGCUAGUUCUUGGGUUUUGGAAAUGUGCACAUCUGCUUCAGUUAUUUUAUUUUAGUCCUUAUGUUAGGACCAUCAGACUUGAAUCAUUCAAACCAUCCAACGGAUGGAUUACUGUAGUUGUGGGCUGGAAGACUUGGCUGGAGUUCUGGACCAUGGAAGAAUCAUGACUAGGAGAAGAAGGGUGUGAGACCAUUCUGAGGCCUCCUUUAUCACAAACCUAAAUAAUAUUAGUUUCUUAACAAUAAACGUAUUGUUAUAAUUCUGAAUGGUUGACAAUAAUAUAUUAUUAUAACAUUAACAAUAAAUGACUUGACCAUAGAAUUAAGAUGUAUGACAGUGAUUGCUCAAUAUCAUGUAAUAACAAUGCUAAGAUUGUGUUGGUAACUCUAGUUAGAUUUAACUGAAAUAAACAUGUUGACAA